AAAACAAGUGCUGCAAGUUUGUAAAGUUGAUCAUCAGUCAUCGCUGAUAUAAACCUCUCCACCUCUACUCCUAAAAUCAACCUUCAACUCUCUCAUCUCCGGCAGAACAAACAAUUCUUCGCCGGAAUAUAUACAAUGGCGCGUCUCGGCGACCCGACUGCCCGUUCUAAGGCAAAGAAGAAAAUCUUCCUCGCCGUUUUCGCCUCCUGUCUCCUCGCCGCCACGGUGAUCGGAGUCGUGGUGGGAGUCAAGUCCCGGAAAUCCAACUCCGGCGAACGCGCCGCCCAAAUCCACCCGCUCACGGCCGCCGCCCACGCGAUCGUAAAAUCCUCCUGCACCGCCACAUUGUACCCGGAGCUCUGCUACUCCGCCAUCGCCAACGUCUCCGGCGCGAGCGACAAGGUGAGGAGCCAGAAGGACGUGAUCGAAAUGUCGUUAAACAUAACGACGACGGCCGUGGAGCAAAACUACUUCGUCAUCGAAAAGCUGCUCAAGACCCGAAAAGGACUAACGGAGCGCGAGAAGACGGCGUUACACGACUGCCUGGAAAUGAUCGACGAGACCCUCGACGAGCUCCACGAGACGGAGAAAGACCUGGAGGCCUACCCGAACAAAAAGACGCUAAAGCAACACGCUGAUGACCUCAAAACCCUCGUCAGCGCCGCCAUAACCAACCAGGAGACCUGCCUCGACGGAUUCUCCCACGGCGACGCCGACAAGCACGUGCGCCAGAUCCUACUCAAAGGACAAGCGCACGUGGAAAAGAUGUGCAGCAACGCCUUAGCCAUGAUCAAAAACAUGACGGACACCGACAUUGCCGCCGAGGAGAUGAAAUUGGCCCGGACCGCCGGUAACCGGAAGUUGUCCGAGCAAAAGUGGCCGGAAUGGCUGUCUGUAGGGGACAGGAAACUGCUUCAAUCGUCGACGGUGACACCGAAUGUGGUGGUGGCGGCGGACGGAAGUGGGGACCAUAAGACGGUGAGCGAGGCGGUGGCGAAGGCGCCGGAGAAGAGCAGUAAACGGUACAUAAUUAAGAUCAAGGCCGGAGUUUACAGAGAAAACGUGGAAAUUGGGAAGAAGAAGACUAACCUAAUGUUCAUCGGAGAUGGGAGAAAGAACACUAUCAUCACCGGUAACAGAAACGUGAAAGAUGGCAGCACCACCUUCCAUUCCGCCACCGUUGCUGCGGUGGGAGAGGGAUUUUUGGCUCGGGACAUAACGUUUGAAAACACGGCGGGGCAUGAGAAGCACCAGGCAGUGGCUCUAAGGGUGGGGUCCGACCGGUCGGCAUUCUACCAGUGCGACAUGCUAGGCUACCAAGACACGCUAUACGUGCACUCCCUACGCCAGUUCUACAUCAACUGCCUAAUCGCGGGCACCGUGGACUUCAUCUUCGGCAACGCCGCGGCGGUGUUCCAAGACUGCGACAUCCACGCUCGGCGCCCCGGGUCGGGCCAGAAGAACAUGCUCACGGCCCAAGGCCGGACUGACCCGAACCAGAACACCGGAAUCGUGAUCCAAAAGUGCCGAAUCGCCGCCACUUCGGACCUCAAACCGGUCCAGAAGAAUUUCCCGACAUUCCUCGGGCGCCCGUGGAAGGAGUACUCGAGAACCGUGAUUAUGCAGAGCACAAUCAGCGACGUGAUUGACCCGGCCGGGUGGCAUAUAUGGGCCGACACUUUUGCGCUCAACACUUUGACUUAUCGCGAGUAUCAGAACACUGGGGCGGGCGCGGGGACUUCUAAGAGGGUCACUUGGAAAGGGUAUAAGGUUAUGACUAGUUCCAGUGAAGCCCAAACCUAUACCCCAUCGAACUUCAUUGCUGGGAGUUCUUGGUUGUCGUCCACUACUUUCCCAUUCUCUUUGGGCCUAUGAAGUAUGAACCAUUUUUUAGUGUA